AUGAUUACACAGUCUAAUGAAAUCAUACCACCAACCAUACCAACGCCGAGUGAAACCACCAACUCUUCCGACACCAACACGGAGGGCGAUGCCUAUGCUGGUCUUAUGAAGGAUGCCGACAAACUUAAGCUCAUGCUAUUAGCCUGGAACUAUCAGAACUCCAAUGCAGUACGCAAUGGCACUGAAGGACCCGAUUUGGCAGUAGUAGGUGGCCUAUGGGCACAAUAUCAAAAUGCUUUGGCACAAAGUGCAGCAGCUGCUUCGGGCAAUAAACUAGAUGCUUCGCUGUCACCUGUGCCCAGAGACACAAAUCCCUCGCCCAUGGAAACACAAGAUGAGACAAACUCAUCGGGUCAGAAAGAGGAGGAUGAAGGUUCGGAAGAUGAUUCGGAUGAUAAAAUAGAUGAAAAAUUAGCAACGUCACAUGAUCCAGAAAGAUUAAAGGCUUUUAAUAUGUUUGUGCGUUUAUUUGUGGACGAAAAUCUAGAUCGCAUUGUACCCAUCUCCAAACAACCUAAAGAAAAAAUCCAAGCCAUUAUUGAUUCAUGUGCCCGUCAAUUUCCCGAAUUUAGUGAUCGUUCACGCAAACGUAUACGUACAUAUUUAAAGUCUUGCCGGCGCAAUAAGAAAACUAGAGAUGGUUGGGAAAAUACGACCCGCCCUACACCAGCCCAUCUAACUUCCGUACAAGCCGAACAAAUCCUAGCCAUUGCUUGUGAGAACGAAUCCCUUAAUGCCAAACGCAUGCGCAUUGGUUUAGAACCCAUUACUCAUGCCAUACCCGCUCCCGGUUCAGCAGUAGCUGCUGCCGCCGCCGCUGCUGCAGCAGCAGCUGCCGCAGUAGCGGCCACCACUAGCUCUGCAGCCUCUAUUGGGGGUGCCAGCACUUCGUCCACCGUUACUUCAGCCUCUGCCAAUGAUGGUUCAAAUGCCGCCACUUCAGCUGCUUUACCUUUUGCCACCGGCACGGGCUUUGCUCGUUCUACCCCCAAUUCAGAGACUGCUGAACCUUUGUCUCUGACACCAGCUGCUGCAGUUGCUGCUGCUGCCGCCGCUGCGGUGGCUGCUUCCUCUAGUGUCGGCAGUGGUGGCAUCAAUUCAAAUCGUAGUUCUCCUUUAGCUUUAAGUUCAAAUGCCAGCGCUUCGGGCAUGGAAAUUAAACCAUUGGCAACGACUUUGGCUAAUGGCAAUAGUGGCGCCAAUGGCACGGCUUCUGGUCUAACUGGUAUGCCCGCAACAAGUCCUCUCUAUCGACCAACAGAUUUUACAUCGCCCAGUGGCGCGUCACCAUUUGUGGCAGCUGCGGCGGCUGCAGUGGCGGGUCGUACGCCAACAUAUCCAGCGUAUUUUCCGGGUGUUGGCACUUUAGGAAAUGUUACACCUACUGACCUUUCUAUGAAGCCUUCCUCCUCCACCAUCAACACACCCAUCACCUCAACCACCGUCAGCACUAUGAAUACGAAUACCAAUAAUGGCAAUAACAUUAAUACCUUGGCAGCCCUUAACCAACUAAAUGUUAAUACAAAUCUAAACAAUGGUAAUGUGAACAAUACUAAUGUACUGGCCACAGCCACCCAACAACUACAGCAAUUGCAGCAGGCACAACAGCAGCAGCAACAACAACAGCAACAACAACAGCAACAACAACAACAGCAACAACAACAGCAGCAGCAACAACAGCAACAACCGAUUUUAGGAAAUUUAAGUAAUAAUAGCAUGGAUUUAAACGCAGUCCGAGCACCACCUUUGUUGCCACACAAAUUGAGUCCCAAUGAGAUAACAGCUGCGCGUCAGGUGAUUUCUGCCUAUCGAGAAAGUGCUGCUUUCCUGCUGCGCACAGCAGAUCAAGUAGAGCAAUUGCUGGUGCAGCAACAGUAAGUGUGGGUUUUAUCCAAGUGGAUGGAGGAGAUGUGGCUCAUGAGUAGACAGGAUGAUUUUUAAUGUAUUUUUCUUUUAGUUUAUACGUUUAAAUGUGUUGAUUUUUUUUUUUUUUUUUGUUUUAAAAUAGUUUAAGUUUAAAAAUGAAAAUAACAUAAAAUAUCCUUUUGUUUUUUGCAAAAAGACAUUAGGGUGGUUCCUAUUAUACUAUAAAGCUGAGAAAAACAAACUUAACGAAAUAUAAAAACACACAAAGAAAUAGUCAAAUACGAGUUGAUUUUUAAGUUUUAGUUUAAAUAAUAUUAAAAAAAUAGUCAAUAUUUAAACGUUUUGAUUUGUUAAUGUUUUGGAGUUUAAAAAAAGCACCACUAGAACAUUAUUGUUUUGCGUUAUUUCAUUACAUUUAGUUAUUUACUCGUAUUUAUACAACAAUAUUAAUAAAAACCCUAAUACAAACAUAAGAAAUAGUAAAAAAAAACUCUAAAAAAUAUUUAAACAGCCAAAAACAAAAACAAAUAAAAAAAUAUUUAAAUAAUCCACUACAAUUUUAUU